AGUUAACACAAACACACGCCGAAGGCCAAGAAAAUGGGAUCUGCACUUCUCAACCUCUUCCUCCUUCUCUCCAUCCUCGCCCUCCUACGCCACUCGGCCGCCGCCACAUCCUACCCCAAAGAAGCCCUGCCCACUAAAUCAGGCUACUUAACAGUCAACUCCACCACCGGCUCAGCCAUUUUCUAUACAUACUAUGAAGCUCAAAACACCACACUCUCCCAAACUCCAAUCCUCAUUUGGCUACAAGGUGGGCCUGGCUGUUCCUCCAUGCUAGCCAACUUAUUUGAGAUUGGACCAUGGCUAGUGAACCAAGAGCUUUCACUUGAGCCCAAUCCAAGUUCUUGGAACAAGAUAUUCGGCCUGCUUUUUCUUGAUAAUCCUAUAGGCACUGGAUUUAGCAUUGCUGCUUCACCGGAAGAAAUACCAAGAAACCAAUAUGAUGUUGCCAAACACCUCUUUAUAGCAAUCAAGAAGUUUGUUGCCUUGGAUAAGUCAUUCAAAACCAGGCCAAUAUACAUAACUGGUGAGAGUUAUGCUGGGAAGUAUCUUCCAGCACUUGGAUAUUACAUUCUGAAGAAGAAUGCUGUUUUGCCAAGUGGAAGUAGAGUGAAUUUGGCUGGUGUUGCCAUUGGAAAUGGAUUGACUGAUCCUGAGAUUCAAGUGGCAACUCAUGCUGCAAAUUGUUAUAAUUUGGGUCUGAUCAAUGAAAAGCAAACGAUCCUUUUGGAGAAAAUUCAGUUGGAGGCUAUUGGAUAUGUCAGAAAAGGUGAUUGGAAUGAGGCCACCAAUGCAAGAAAUAGGGUGUUGGGUACAAUGACAAAUAUGACUGGCUUAGCCACCUUGUAUGACUUUAGGAGGCUAACUCCUUACCCAAAUAGAGUAGUGGUUAAGUUCUUGAACGAUGUGGAGGUGAAAAGGGCAUUGGGAGUGAACGAAUCCAUGGUUUUCGAGCUAUGUAGCAAGGUGGUGGGGGACGCUUUGCACAAUGAUGUGAUGAGGAGUGUGAGGUAUAUGGUGGAAUUCUUGGUUAAGAGGACGAAGGUGUUGUUAUAUCAAGGACAGUGUGACUUGAGAGAUGGCGUGAUGUCAACUUUGUCGUGGGUGAAGAAGAUGAAAUGGGAAGGGAUCCACGAGUUCUUGGAGGCAGAGAGGAAAAUUUGGAGGGUGGAUGGGAUGCUGGCUGGUUACGUGCAGAGAUGGGAAAAUUUGAGUCAUGUUGUGGUCUUAAAUGCUGGCCAUCUUGUUCCCACUGAUCAGCCUGUGAAUUCUCAAGUUAUGAUACAAGAUUGGCUUUUGGAGAGGGGAUUGUUUGCUGCCGAGAAGACUGAAAAUGGACACUGAUAUUUUUAGUUACUCCUUUUCUUGUAAUAUGAAUUGAUUCUAGUGUAGGGACCAAUUGCAGGUCAUAAGGAUGCUCAAGGAAUCAAGCCUGUUGCUUGGGAAGGAAUAUAAGAAGAAACUGCUGCAGAUAAGCAGCAGUUAAAACAACAAUAGCGAUUGUUGACAAUCUACAUUAAUGUGUUAUUCUUAAGUUCCCACAUUUUGUCUUCUAUUAGAAGAAUGUGAUAUUUAAGAAGAAAGGCUUCACUUCAA